CAUUCAGACUACAAAUGUUUUGACAUGGCGGCGAAUGCAACAACAGGUCAGGCUCGUCAGAUAAUUGACGACGAAUCUCUAGCUGAGGAGAGAUUGCUGGAAGAGCUUGAGCAUGAGGAGAUUCCUGCUUACAUCCGUGAAGCAAGACUGGCUACACUCAAACAGCAGGCAACACAGUUCCGCAAUAUGCAGGAAAAAGGAUACGGUAUCUAUAGUGAGAUGGAGGAUGAGAAAGAAGUGCUAGACCUGACAACCAGUGAGGAUAAAUGUGUCGUCCACUUCUUCCAUGAAGACUUUCGAAGAUGUGCCAUCAUACACAGCCAUUUAAAGACAUUGACAGAAAAGUACUUUGAAACAAGAUUUGCAAAAAUCAAUGUUGACAAGGCAAAGUUCCUGGUGGAAAAGUUGAAGAUCAGGGUUCUGCCAGCCCUCUUGUGCUUUAAGAAAAGAAUUGUUGUUGACAGGGUAGUAGGUUUUGAUGAGAUCGGAGGAUCUGACAAUUUUCCAACCAAAGUAUUGGAAAAGAGAUUAGCAAAAUCAGGCGUGAUAGAGAUGGCGGAGGAGGAAGCUGAGAAGAAGACAAUAUUUGGCUACAGCGAUAAUCGCAGAGACGAUGCUGACAGCAGUGAUGACGACUACUGAAAUAUCUGGCCCAUUUAAUAGCAAUUUCAAAACUGAUACUUAAAGAAAAUCCCACACUAAAUGAUUUAUAAAGAUAUAUUAAAAUGAACUUCAAUGGCAAUUGGAGGCGAAAACAGGAUGUCUUCCCUGGCAAGAAAUCGAAACAUUUUGGAAUUAUGCAUUGCAUCAACAUUUUAUAUACAGAAUCAUUGUUUCAAUUGUUCAUGUUUCUUCAUUACACAACUAUAACAUUACAAUGUAUAUAGUUAACUCUGUUGCCUGAUAUUUAUUUUAAAUUUAUGUUGUAUCUUUUUAUAAUUAAUGGAUUUUGAAAUGUGUUCAUGCUUUAACAUUUUUCUUAUUGUCUAUUUUUACUGCAAUUUACAAUAAAAAUGACAAUUUUA